UUAGCCUUACAUGAUCAUCAAUAAGAUCAUCAAUGGAGUUAUCGAAAGCUGGACGAUGUUCUCGAGUAGCAAAUCGCCGGUCUUCUCAUCGACAUUCUCAAGUCAGUUUUUGACCGCAUCAGCAAUACAUCCGUUAGAAAUAAAAAAGGCAAUUUAUGGAGCUGGUGACAAACAGGGUGCUUUUCGAAUAUUUUUCAUGCCUGAAAACUUAGUACCCCAAGAUGCCUCGGAAAAAAAUGAGCAAUUCAAGGAAUUUAUCAGGCGUGAAGUGAAGAGAAAAGAAUUGUUCUUGAAAUGGCAAACCGAUUGGAAUACACAAAACGCAUCUCUAAUAAGGUUACGGGAAAACCAACAAAAAGAAAUAAUGAAUAAAGAAGAGGAAGAGCGCAAAGCUAAAGAAGCAGCUGAACUGGAAGAAAAGAGUGAUGAAAAAGCCGUUAAAAAAGGUCCACAACCUGGCAAAUACGUUGAAUGGGUGAAAGAGCAAAGGCAGAUAGAAGAGGAGGCCAGAAUAAAAAGUACAAUAAUUAGUAAAAAACAGUUAGAUACCAAAGAGUUGGAAAAAAGAAGGAAACCUCUACAAAAGCUUGAUGAAGAGAACGAAAGGAAAAAGAGAAAACAGAAACAGAGAUUGAAGGAAGGUGAAUCGAUUUUCCAAGAUACUGUAGCUUCUUUGUUUCCGGAUGUGGUGAAAGAGAAACCGGCCCCACCUCCUGAUCCCUAUGCGGGGGGUGAGUCGCACAAAGAAUUGGAGAAAUGUUAUUAUGAAUAUAUUGAAUUAUCACAACUCGCAGAAGAAUUCAUCGACGACAAUCCUUACCAUUACGACUUCGACUGGAAACAGGUUCUCAUCAGUGGAAAACAGAGAAGGCGAAUUUUGGCCGAUCCUCAUAAAUGGAGGAAGAAGAAAGAUAAUAUCCAGAGAAGUUCAGCAGAACCAAGUGAAGGAACUGUAACUGUAUUAUGAGUUCGAUAUGAAUAGUUGAAGCUUCAAAAUAUAGAUAAAAAUCAG